AUGGAGGGCUCGUCUAAAAACAAUAAGCGAAAAAAAAUAGAUGAGCAUAUGAAGAAAAACAAGAAGAGACAUGUGAUCAACAAUAGUAUUAACUUAAAUCCUGAGGAAAAGAAGAUAUGCGAAAGAACUGAGAAAUCCGGGCAGGAGAGUUUCGGAGUGUUUGAGUUUCCCUGGAUGAAAGAUAGCAUGAUCUCCACCUCCCUUGAUUGGAGUCUACCGGGAUCUCCUUUUCCGUUCAUAGAUGAUGGAAAUGACAUGUUUGAAGGGAGUAGUGAACUGAGGUUGCCAGUGAAAAGGUUUAGUAAUGAUAUGUUGGAGUUUGAGGCAUUUGAAUUCAUUUGGACUUCUAUUUCCGAUUAG